AUGUACCCCAUCAUCAAGCGAAACUACGAUAAAAAGUACAUGUCGCUCUUUAUCUACAAUGCGGCCUGUCUCGUCAAAGAAGUAGUAGCCCGGUUCAGCCUGUCGCUAGUCAAUCAAGCCAAGGAGAAAUGCUUUGCUAAAGAGGCUGACUGGAUCAUUGACGUACACUCUAAUGUGGCCAGUGACCAUCACGGCUUUAAUGAGUUUAUAUCAUACGACGAGCUUCUUGAUCCGCUAAAUGGCCUUCUUCCCAAUGGAAAUCUUACAGUCUAUUGCAAGAUCACUUAUCUCAUAGACACAGUUGUUGUUUUCAAACCGUUUGAAGUUUUCUUAAAAGUUUCUUCGACAGCCACUGGCCACGAAAUGAGCAAUGACUUUGAAGAGCAGCUCAUCAUCAAUAGUGAUCCAGAUGUCACUUUGAUCGUUGACAAGGCUAAAAUUAAAGUUCAUAAAAACUUUCUCAGCUCAAAAUCUGCAACCUUUGCUGAAAUGCUAAAUACCAAAAAGAUCAACGGCUGCAUAGAAGUAAAAAAUAUUGCUCCCACAACAAUGUUGCACCUAAUCAAGUACCUGUACACUGGAAAGAUUGAGCUUGAAGUUGAUACGAUCGAGAUGCUUAAGGCUGCUCAUCAGUUUAACCUGCCUUGUCUAAAAUCCGCCUGUGAAGAUUUUAUCAUCCGCAAUCAGUUGUCGUUCGAGCAAAUGUCUGAACUUGCCAAGCUGAACGAUGCACCAAAGCUAGAAGCUAAGGCUAUGCAAGAACUAGUAGAGUAUUUUAGAAAAAAAGAACAGAAGAGGAAGGCCGCCAAACUGGACCAUUGA